AGACCUGCAUGCAGAGAGAGGACAGAGGGAUAAUAAUUAUGUCAGCGUCCUGGAAGCAGCUCUUUUUACAGAUCCUCCUGCUUCUCGUCUCCUGCAGACACAUCAACACAAAGACACCUGGUCCAACGCACUCGCCACUGGCUCCCGUCAGUUCCCUGCAAACAGUUCACAGGAGCUUUGCUGUGAAAGGUGAAAAUCAAACGGAGAAAAUUGAGCUGCUGGACCCGGUCAGUCUGGCACUGAGUUGCAUCUGGACAGGUAAUGAGAUUAAACUACCAAACAUUACCGGGUCCUGGAGAAAAGACGGGGAUGAAGUUGAGAACAGCCGCUUCACGGUGCAGUUGGAGAACGAGCAGUAUAAUCUCACACACGUAUUCAGCAUCGUCAGUGAAAAAGAUCUCGGGAAUUACUCAUGCGUGUUUGGGAAUGAAGCAAAAAUAGAGUUUAUUUUGGCAGCUCCAAAGAUCAGUGAGGUGAGAGGUAAGCCGGUAGUCGGCUAUUUUGGGGACUUUACUGUGAUGACAUGUAAAAUGGAAGAAACCAAACCGAAGCCAAAAACCUGGACCUGGUUUAAAGCAAAUGGCACAGACAAGGAGCAGAUCUUCGCGACUGCAGAACCGGACCGAUAUGAAAUCAAAAACAAAGUGUGGGAAACCAGACUGGUGGUGCGCAACCUGACGAAGACUGAUGGAGGUGUUUAUUACUGCGGCGCGGUGUACACCAUCAGCACGUCAAUGAGCCACGUGGAGCUGAAGGUUAUCAACUUCUAUGAGCCUCUGAAGCCUUUCAUAGCCAUUGUGAUCGAAGUGAUCGUCCUGGUCGCCGCAAUUCUGCUCUACGAGAGAAGUCAGGCCAAGAAAAACCACACAGCAGAAAAUGGGACGACUGAGCAAACAAACACACUGACUCAGGGAGAAAAUAACGGACCGGAGGAAGGCUCCUCAAUGAGACAGCGGAAAGUUUAAAGACUGCAAAUCCAAGCUUCUCUCAAAAUAUUGACGUGUUUUUCGUAUAUUCAAAUGUGAAUGACUGAGCUUUAAAGCAAUUUCUCAGCAACUAUUUUAUGAACAUGUUCACCAAACAAAGUGCAAUAAACACCACUUAAUAACGACUCCUUUAAUUAGUACACAAGUAGCCUUUUGUAGGUUUAAAUUUUCACUCUUGGUCUCUGGAAGAUUUUUUUCAUUUUCAGUGUGUUGAGACAGCGGAAAGAGCAAAGCAUUUACAUCCUCUGUGGGUUUUUUUUUGUCUUGUGGGCCCUCACUUCCUGUAUAAUAACUCACACAUCCUCUAUGCCUUUGACACAUCUCUCCAAAAGGAAGCGUUUACUUGUUUUUGACAAAAACUUGAACCUCAGCUCCUCUGUACUUCUAUUCUUUUUGCACCAUGGUUUGUGAGCAGUGCCUUACACUCUUUAACAGCACUUAUCCAACCAGUCAUAUCGUGCUUGCAACGACUUUUUGGCACUUUUUUGUCUUUGCAGUAAUGUGUGCCUACCAUGCUGUAUUUUGAGGUGUAUCAUUAUCUGUGCAGAUGCUUGUGUGUCUUCCUCAUGUUAAACGUGUAAGUAGAUGGUCAGAAAGGUCAUAUUUUCUCGUAAUUAUGAUUUCAAAACUGUGUCUUUAGUCAUUAAAAGGUUUCUCACUUUAUGUAAACAAGUAAGUUAAAACGACACAAGUCACAGUCACUGCCUGGAAUAACUGUAAAAGCCGUUGUAUUUGCUGAUAUGGAGAUAGAGAUGACUUAAAAGUGGAAACGGAUUUUACUCAUCACAAUGUAUUUACGGGUGUUUGUGAAAGUUGUGUAAGUGCUUCUGUGGUUUCACAAAGUAAAGGAAGAAGAGUAUGUAGAAUAAAACACUUUAUCUCUGGUUCCGCUGCAUUGACUUUUAGCGUUUUUCUUAAAGCUGUAGCUGCGAUUUUAUUUAAAA